AUGGGAAAAGGGUUAGGGAUUGCAAUUGUAUGUCCAUCUUCCUCCAUGAAGGCGCCGCUUCCUCAUGGUGAACGGCGAAUCCUUCUCUUUCUCGCGCAGCAAUCGAUCGUAAGCUCGCCUCCUCCAACCGAUUCAAUGUCGCACUCUUUCAUCUGGCCAUCAUACACCGUCGAUAGCCACCGCAAAAGGCUUCCUUAUCUUUUCGCUGCGCCUUCUUCCUUUCCACCGAUUUCUGCCACCGUACAAAAUCAUAGCACUGUUGCAAGCUACUUCUUUCUCAUCUCCUUCUUCAAAUCAGCACCGCAUGCAAAUCAUCUUCUUAAAACUGCUUCUGACGUCGCGACUUCCUCCGUCAGCUCCGUGCAUCACCUACCAGAAGAUAAGUCGGGUGUGUCUUUAACACUCAGAUUGUCCAUGAGUGAUGAAGAUGUGAAGCAAUUUGCAGAAACUCCUAGGGAGGAUGAAGGGAAAUUCAGAGAUUGGAGGGGGUGUCUUCUCUGGAUUGUGCAGGCUGUUUUGGAGCCAUUUCUUGAUUGCAGGUUUGGAAUUCGAUGGUGCGAGGAUAAAAAGCCAAGUUUGAUAGAGUUAAGAUAUGGGGAGAAAGGCAACAAUUAUUGA